UCGAUUUUCUUAGCGGGAAGUUAAAAAUUCUGUGUCUCAUUUUUAUUAGUAGAAAAUUUAAGAGUUAAAAUGCUUUAUUUCAUCUCAAAAUAGCAGCUUUUAAUAAAGUUACAUCCUUUCAGAACUCACUAUAAAAAAUUGGAAAUUAGUUUACUCUCCUAAUUUUCUGACUUAGUAGAUAAUUGCGGUUAAUUUAUUGAUUAGUCACAAAUCUUGAUUCAGAUCCUCAAAAUUCAAUUACAAAUGUUAUAUUUCAGGAAAAGCAUGACCGAGACGAUUAUAAAGAGUUUUUAGAAUUGGUGUUGAUAUUUUUAGGCGGUUAUCCAAAAAAAUGGAAUAAGCUUUAAAGCUCCAGGACCCAACCACCAUGCCAGAUGGAUGUCAAAAGCUCUGUACGCUUUGAAACUGUUUAUGUUUCGAAAACAGUUUCAAAUGAAUUCCACUGAGGUAAAUGGACUAAGAUAUGUCUGCUUAUUCCUCGUCGAAUUUUAUGUCAUUUCAUGGUUUUAAUUACUUCUGCGAUAAAGUCACCUAAUCAAGAUUUGAAUAUGGUUAAAAAUUUAUAUCAAUACCGUUCUGUUCAUACAAAAAUUGCUGACGCAGCAAGCUCGACAUUAUUAAGACAUUUAUGGACUUAUCUGAAGAGUUAGUCGGUUUAGCGUUAUUUGAUGACAGUGUACCCUUACAAAUUAAAAGGCAAACCGUAGCUGCAAUGAAAGUGCGAAACAGUAAUGCUGCAAACUCGAAAAAGUUUAUUGCCAAAGAUAUAAGCUUGUUAUUAUCGAAAAAUCUCUGUGAUUUUGCUAGCAAGCAAUCAUUGCUUUUAUUUCAACAGUUUGAAUUACCGCAUCAAUUCAUGGACAAGGAUCCAGAUCUCUGGGCAUCUGAUCAAAAUUAUUUACACUGUAAAUCAGUGCUGUCUGACUUACAAGUGAUUAUUGAUCUCGCUAAACGAGGCGUAGCAUUAAUUCAGGAGUACAACAAUUGUUUGACCAGGAGUGAAGAACAAAGGCAAUAUUUAUUGCAAGUUGUUGAAGAGCAUAGGAAAUAAUUUCCUAACGUUACUAAGGGUGUAUUCGUUUUGGGUGCUUAGACGCUCGCAGCGCUCACGCUUAUAAGCGCAUUUUAUUGGUGUUCGUCUUGACUCACGAACGCUUACGUUACUCAUCUAAAUACCGUUCGUUUUGAUCAUCAUAAGCUGUAUUGAGCAUUGACAAUAGUCAGUUGGCCAUCAACAAUAGUCAAUUGGCAUCAAUAUGGCGGGUGUAAAUAAUUUAGCUAUUUUUCAAGCAGUAGAAUGUUUAUUCGAAAUCGUUAAUAAUGAUAGUGAUUAUAGUGAUGAUGAAGAUUUGGAAGAAUUUGAAAAAAGUGAUGAUGAAACACUAUGGGAAUAUUCCGGGACAUACUUGGAUUAUUAUCAUAGAAGAGAAAGUUUACCAAAGCUCCAAAAUUAUGUUGAAGACAUAGUGCAAGCUUACACCGAAAAAGAAUUUCAAUCGCACUUCAGAAUGUGCCGAUCAACGUUUUCUUUUCUUAUGGAUACAAUAAAACCUUCAUUAAUAAGAAAAUCAGCAGGAUGUAAAAUGUUAUCGCCAGAGAAACAAUUACUUAUUGCACUGUGGAAAAUGGCCACUCCUGAUUCAUAUCGAUCGAUUUGUCAAAAAUUUAAUGUCAGCUUUGCAGUAGCACUCUUGAGUGUGCGUAGAGUUGUAAAUUCAUUAGUUGCAAUUGCACCUAACUUUAUAGUUUGGCCAGAUCCUGAAAAAGUUGAUAAUAUUUCGCAUGGAUUUGAAGUUACAAGUGGGUUUCCAAAUGUUACUGGCGCAAUUGACGGAACACAUAUAAAUAUUACCAAACCUCGUCAACACUCGGAAUCCUAUGUUAACAGAAAAGGUCACCAUUCAAUUCAGUUACAGGCUGUAUGUGAUAGUCAAGCAAGAUUUCUUCAUUGUUAUGCUGGAAACGUUGGAUCAGUACAUGAUGCUAGAGUAUUUCGUCUUUCAGAAAUAAAUGAUUAUCUUAAUGAUCCACUGAAAUUUCCAAAUGACUGUCAUUUAGUUGGUGAUGCAGCUUACCCUAUUCAUAAAAACUUAUUAACUCCUUAUCGAGAUAACGGUCACUUAUCAAUUCGUCAAAAAAACUAUAAUUUUUGUCACUCAUCUGCACGUAUUGCUAUUGAACGUGCAUUUGGAUUACUGAAAAAAAGAUUUCGUAGUCUAUUGACAGUGUUAGAUAUGACCCGCACAGAUUUGAUACCCGAUUUUAUAAUUGUCUGCUGUGUUUUACAUAAUAUAUGCUUAUUAAAAUCAGAUGAAUUACCAGUUGAUGAAGAUAUUGGUGAAGAAAAUGAAAAUAAUAAUGAAAACUUCAACGAUAUUCGAAGUAGAGAAGCGGCUACUGAAGGUGCUCAGAAACGUAAUGUAAUAUGUUAUCGCCUUCCCAUCAGAAAUGUUUAAAAAAAUCUAUAAAUUUUACUUAUUUUAUUUAAUUUUCUUUCGAAAAAAAAUUUUUUUCUGUUCUCC